CUCUCCCGCCUCCGCCUCGUCCACGCCGAGUUCCUCUUCACGGAGCCCCACUCCAAGCGCAUCAAGGUCAAGGUCCGCGUCCAGGGCGAGAUCUUCAACGGCGCCGUCGCCGAGCAGAGCCACGUCGUCGAGUUCACCGUCGCCGACCACCUCUGCGAUUCUUGCACCAAGGCGAACGCCAACCCCGAUCAGUGGGUCGCCAAGGUCCAGCUUCGCCAGCACGUUGCUCAUCGGCGUACUUUCUUCUACCUCGAGCAGCUGGUUUUGAAGCACAAGGCCGCCGAGAAGGCGGUUAGGAUCCAGGAAACCGAUCAGGGGGUUGAUUUUAUGUUUGGGAAUCGGAGCCACGCUGUUAAGUUUUUGGAGUUUGUCACCGGCGUUGUGCCCGUGCAGAGCCGAUCGGAUAAGAGCCUCGUCUCUCAUGAUAGUAAAAGCAGCACCUACAAUUAUCAUUAUACUUUCUCGGUCCAGAUUUGCCCGGUUUGUCGUGAGGAUUUGAUUUGUUUGCCUCCGGGUGUUUCGAAUGCGCUUGGGAAUCUUGGGCCGCUUGUGGUUUGCACCAAGGUUACGAAUAGUAUUUGUUUGAUGGAUCCGCUUACCUUGAGGUCCGCGUUUUUGGACGCGGAUAAGUAUUGGAGAGUGCCAUUCAAGGCUUUUAUGUCAAGUAGGCAGCUUGUUGAGUAUAUUGUGCUUGAUGUGGAGGUUGAGAGUCCUGAGGUUAAUGUGAAUGGUUCAAAGUAUUGCUUGGCUCAUGUGCAGGUUGCUAGAGUUUCGGAUUUCGGGAAGAAUGAUAAUAUGUUUAUGGUGAGGACCCACUUGGGACAUUUGUUGAAUCCUGGGGAUUAUGCACUUGGCUAUGAUUUGUAUGGGGCGAAUGGGAAUGAUGUUGAGAUUGAUAAGUAUAAGGGGUUGGUGAUCCCUGAGGCCAUUCUGAUAAAGAAGAGUUAUGAGGAGAAGAGACAGAGGAGGAGAGGAAAGGCGAGGGCUUGGAAGCUCAAGAGCUUGAAUAUGGAGGUGGAUACGACUGCUAAAGGAAAGGUUGAUCCAGAGAAGAGGAAUGAUGAGUAUGAGGAGUUUUUGAAGGAUUUGGAGGAGAAUCCCGAGAUGAGGUUCAAUAUAUCCUUGUAUCGUAAUAAAGAGUAUCAGCCGUCAGAGGUGGUGUCGACUGUUGGUGAUGAUGAACUUCCUUCGGUGCCAUUGGAUGAGUUACUUGCUGAUCUUGAUCUCACUGAUGGCGAUGGGGAGGGGAGUGAUGCGGAUAGCAUGAUGGAGUGAGUUUUUUCUCAAUAGGAUUAUUUACUUAUGGUUAUGAAUGUAGUGUCAAAGAUGCUUCUUGCUUCUUGUUUGAGUUUUCUUCCAUUAGAAUUGUGGUAUGUAUGGUGCUUGCUUGGUGCAGUUAUCCUUUUAUUUGUUAUUGUGCUUUGAGUAUAAGAUAUUUGUUUAUCGUGUUUGAAAAUCAUGAACAUUAUCUUUGAAUGAUGGAUUUUAUUUUUAGUA